UGCAGGAUUGCUUGUGGGAGCAGUGCCGCCGACACAGAGCUGUCUGACACAAAAAUGGAUAUAGACGAGUUUAGAAAAAGAGGCAAGGAGAUGGUGGACUACAUAGCUGACUACUGGGAGAACAUCCGACAACGGAGAGUAUACCCUGAUGUCAAGCCUGGUUAUUUAAGGAAAUGCAUUCCAGAGGAAGCCCCUGAAAAAGCAGAACCAUGGGAGAAAAUAAUGGAAGAUUUUGAACAGCAUAUCAUGAAAGGGGUGGCGCACACGCAGAGCCCUCACAUGCAUGGCUACGCUGUCAUGAGCUCAGGUGCUUCUGUCCUGGGAGAUAUGCUGGCCAAUUCCAUGAACUGCAUGAGUUUUGCUUGGGAGACGAGUCCAGCUUGCACAGAACUUGAAGUCGUGGUCACCAACUGGCUGGGCAAGAUGGUAGGCCUUCCAUCCGAGUUCCUGAACACGGCAGAAGAAAGCAAAGGCGGUGGCGUACUGCAGAACACCACAAGUGAGGCCACGCUAUUGACGUUGUUGUCCAGUCGCAGACAGGCGCUCAGCAGGCUUACUGUGACUCUUGGAAACGUGGACGAGGCACGUCUUAGCAGCUUCCUAGUGGCCUACUGCUCCGACCAGGCACAUUCUUCAGUGACGAAAGCCUGCCGGAUCAGCAGUGUGCGCUUGCACACAGUGCAGAGUGAUGAACAGUUCUGCCUCCGAGGAAGCAAGUUGGCAACAGCCAUACAGAUGGACAGGGAAGCAGGACUCAUUCCAUUCUAUCUGUGUGCUACAUUAGGGACUACCUUCUCAUGCUCAUUCGACAAUCUGGAAGAACUAGGCCCAAUAUGUAUGAAAGAAAAUAUAUGGAUUCACGUGGAUGCUGCCUAUGCUGGUAGUACCUUCGUCUGUCCCGAGUACAGGCACUGGAUGGCUGGCAUUCAAUAUGUGGACUCUUUUGUGUUCCUGCCCUGCAAGUUGCUCCUGGUGAAUUUCUACAGCUGUGCCAUGUGGGUGAAAGAUACCAGUGUUAUUGAAAAAACAUUGGCCACAAAACAGGCGUACACUGGAGAAAAGAAGUCAGGAUAUCAGAUUGACUAUAUGAAUCAGCAGAUAUCCCUCAGCAGAGAGUUCCACUCUCUGAAGCUGUGGUUUGUGAUGAGAAGCUAUGGGGCAGAAGGGCUGCAAGAACACAUAAGAAAGGUGGCGCGUCUGGGAUCUCAGUUCGAAGCCCUGGUGCGGUCGGACGCAAGGUUCGAGGUGCUAGCGUCCUGCGGCCUUGGCGUGGUCGUGUUCCGGCUGGAAGGAGACAACAGCCUCACGGAGAGCUUCCUGCUUGAGCUCAACUCUGCAGGCCGCACUUUCUGUGGCAAGGCGGUACUCCGGGGGCUGUCUGCCGUCAGGUUUAUGAUAGCAACACGAUGUACAACAUACAACGAUUUACUUUACGACUGGGACCAGAUGCAGUGUACAGCCACUCAACUUUUAUACAAACACAAAAAAUACAGUCAGCUACCAAAAUAAUUGGAAGCUUAGAGACUGUGAAAUGACUAAACAUGUAAUAAAAACUUAAAUAAAUAUAAUAUUUUGUUUGUGUGUGUUAAAAAUAUUCCUAUAAAUUAAUGGGCGAAAUUGGCAUUACCUUUUAUUUGUUAGAAAAAGCAAAGUAUUUAUGGGUGGUAUGAAAAUUGCUACGUGAAGUCUACAUUUAACUAUUAAAAUGAGUGAGCUCCUAACACAACACUACAAGAAAUGACAUAUUCAAAUAGCUAUCGAGAAUUAAGAAGAUGUGUAGCA